UUCUCUUCCCGUCCCAGAGCUGAGACAACGGAGGCAAAACCCAAAAGCACUAGUCCUGCCAAAGCCUCGCCUGAGAAUGUAGCCAGGCCUGCAGGUCGAGCUUCGAGUCAGCAGCGUUUCCGUGCACGGAGGAACCCGCCGAGACCCCCAAGAUGCCGAAGCCAAUCAACGUCCGCGUCACCACCAUGGACGCAGAGCUGGAGUUUGCCGUCCAGCCAAAUACAACCGGAAAACAGCUGUUCGAUCAGGUGGUGAAGACCAUCGGCCUCCGGGAAGUCUGGUACUUUGGCCUGCAGUACGUGGAUAAUAAAGGGUUUCCCACCUGGCUGAAACUUGAUAAAAAGGUCUCCGCCCAGGAGGUCCGGAAGGAGAACCCCGUCCAGUUCAAGUUCAGGGCCAAGUUCUACCCGGAGGACGUGUCCGAGGAGCUCAUCCAGGACAUCACGCAGAAGCUGUUCUUCCUGCAAGUGAAGGAAGGCAUCCUCAGUGACGAGAUCUACUGCCCGCCCGAGACGGCCGUGCUGCUCGGCUCCUACGCCGUGCAGGCCAAGUUCGGAGACUACAGCAAGGAGGCGCACAAGGCCGGCUACCUCAGCUCUGAGCGGCUGAUCCCGCAGAGGGUCAUGGACCAGCACAAGCUCUCCAGGGACCAGUGGGAGGACCGGAUCCAGGUGUGGCACGCGGAGCACCGCGGGAUGCUCAAGGACAGCGCUAUGCUGGAGUACCUGAAGAUCGCCCAGGACCUGGAAAUGUAUGGCAUUAACUACUUCGAGAUCAAAAACAAGAAGGGGACGGACCUCUGGCUCGGCGUCGACGCACUCGGGCUGAACAUCUACGAGAAGGACGAUAAGUUGACCCCAAAGAUCGGCUUUCCUUGGAGUGAAAUCAGGAACAUCUCUUUCAAUGACAAAAAGUUUGUCAUUAAGCCCAUCGAUAAGAAGGCACCUGACUUCGUGUUCUACGCCCCCCGCCUGAGGAUCAACAAGCGGAUCCUGCAGCUCUGCAUGGGCAACCACGAGCUGUACAUGCGCCGCCGGAAGCCGGACACCAUCGAGGUCCAGCAGAUGAAGGCGCAGGCGCGCGAGGAGAAGCACCAGAAGCAGCUGGAGCGGCAACAGCUGGAGUCGGAGAAGAAGAGGAGGGAGGCCGUGGAGCAGGAGAAGGAGCAGAUGUUGCGGGAGAAGGAGGAGCUGAUGGUGCGGCUGCAGGACUACGAGCAGAAGACCAAGAAGGCGGAGAAAGAGCUCUCCGACCAGAUCCAGAGAGCCCUGCAGCUGGAGGACGAGAGGAAGCGCGCCCAGGAGGAGUCCGAGCGCCUGGAGGCGGACCGCGUGGCCGCGCUGCGGGCCAAGGAGGAGCUGGAGAGGCAGGCGGCGGACCAGAUAAAGAGCCAGGAGCAGCUGGCCGCAGAGCUCGCCGAAUACACCGCCAAGAUUGCCCUGCUGGAGGAGGCGCGGCGGCGCAAGGAGAGCGAGGUGGAAGAGUGGCAGCACCGGGCCCGGGAGGCCCAGGACGACCUGGUGAAGACCAAGGAGGAGCUGCACCUGGUGAUGACGGCGCCCCCGCCCCCGCCGCCCCCCAUGUAUGAGCCGGUGAGUUACCACGUCCAGGAGCACCUGCACGAGGAGGGCGCGGAGUCCCUGGGCUACAGCGCCGAGCUGUCCAGCGAGGGCAUCCUGGACGACCGCCACGAGGAGAAGCGCAUCACCGAGGCCGAGAAGAACGAGCGCGUGCAGCGACAGCUGUUGACCCUCAGCAACGAGCUGUCCCAGGCCAGAGACGAGAACAAGCGGACGCACAACGACAUCAUCCACAACGAGAACAUGAGGCAGGGCCGCGACAAGUACAAGACGCUGCGGCAGAUCCGGCAGGGCAACACCAAGCAGCGCAUCGACGAGUUCGAGGCCAUGUGAAGCCCCGGCGCGCCCGCGCCCUCCUGCUCUGUCUGCAGAUCCAGUGCCUUCACGCGGGGGCCAGGCGCCCGCAGGAGUCGCCUGGGCCGGGCCCCGGGCCAGGCGCCCUUGUUCACUGUCCCCACUGUCUCCUAGUGCCAGGCGGGCCUCGCGGGGUUGGGUGUGGGAUGGCUCCCUGCCCCCGCAGAGGCCGCGUGCCAGGGUCGGCGCCAGCCGGCGAGCCAGGAGGGCAGGAUUCCGCCUCCUUAGGGACACCUCGCGCCUUCGCCCGUGCCAUACUCUCUCUGUAUUUGAAAUGAGCUCAGAUUGAUUGAUUUGUUCCUGAUUUCUAUGAAGGAUCCACCUCUGCAGUCCGCGGGUGAACAGUCGACUCGGAGUCGGUGUCCCUGAUGUCCCCUGCGCGGCUGCGGCUGGCAGAACCUGCAGGGGCCACUCCCAGUGGACACUCACGGUUAACUCUCUGCUUCACAGACCACCUUGUGGGACUUGUUCGUGAGAACCAUCAGCUUAGCGCAUCCUAUUUAUGUACGCGACAAUGGAGUUGGUGACAUUAGUUUCAAAAAGGGAAAGCCUUCUGUAUAUUUUGUUACCUUUUACAGAAUAAUAAAGAAUUACCAAAUAGAA